GUCUGAUGUCUAUUUAUGUCUGUUAGCGUGCCAGCUGGAAAAGUAGUUCAGUUACAUCUUUACGGAAGGAUUGUAUGUGUUUUAGAUGGAAUGAUUACGUCAGUUCAGUGAGGAAAGGAAACGAUACCUCUCGCUAAUAUCUUCAGGAAGAUAAAGUGCUAAUCAACGUACCUCAGAAUAUUUUAUUACUUCAAAGAAGGAAACGGUAAUUCACACAAAAGAACGAAGCUGUGAUACUGAAACUUUUCGCCGCCUCUCCGAACGUAGCUUAUUGCUUCCCAUUCUGCUCUUUUGACAUGCCAUGACUUAUUACGUCUGCUAACUGCUUCUGUUUUCUAUUUCUGGACUAACUGUGUAAAUUAUUAGGUAUUUCUCAUUAAAUAUAUCGCGUUGUAAAUAUUAGAAUUAUGUUCGGAAUUGUUAAGCGCAGCGUGCUGUCCACGCCAUCACGGCGCAGGCUCGGCGGGCAUUUGGCGCAUGUCACUGAGGAUUUGGCACUGUCCUCCAAAACAACUGUCCACGGUGUUUUGAAUCGGGGAUCUUUCGCAGCUGGUUUUCGAACAGGAAGCAAGAUGGACAGAAGAACUGUGACUUUAGAAAAUAUGAAUCCUAACAUUAUAAAAAUGGAAUAUGCAGUCCGUGGGCCACUUGUAAUACGGGCAACCGAAAUCGAAAAGGAAUUAAAAAAGGGUGCCAAGAAACCUUUUAAGGAAGUCAUUCGUGCCAAUAUUGGGGAUUGUCAUGCAAUGGGUCAAAAACCUUUGACCUUUAUUCGACAGGUAUUGACUUUAUGUACAUAUCCUGCAUUGAUGACUGAUGAUAGAUUUCCUAAUGAUGUGAAGAAACGAGCUCAAGAUAUUUUGAAUGGCUGUGGUGGGAAGAGUGUUGGUGCAUACAGCGAUAGUACUGGUGUGGAAGUUAUAAAGCAACAUAUUGCUCAAUAUAUUGAAAGGCGAGAUGGAUAUCCAGCUAAUCCCAUGGACAUUAUUUUGAGCACUGGUGCCAGUGAAGCUGUUAAGAGUGUAUUGAGUAUGCUGAACUGCACAAGAAAUGGAAAACCACCUGGUAUAAUGAUUCCUAUCCCUCAGUAUCCUCUUUAUUCUGCCACAAUAGCAGAAUAUGGAAUGCAUCAGAUCAAUUACUAUUUGGCUGAAGAUAAUGCUUGGGCCUUGGACAUUGCAGAGUUGAAGCGUUCCCUUAAUGAAUCAAGGAAAUCAUGUGAACCUAGAGCUCUAUGUGUUAUUAAUCCUGGAAAUCCAACUGGUUCUGUUCUUACACUUGAAAAUAUUAAGGAGAUUAUUAAAUUUGCAUAUGAAGAGAAGUUAUUCCUAUUGGCUGAUGAAGUAUAUCAAGAUAAUGUGUAUGCUUCAGGUAUGCAGUUUCACUCUUUCAAAAAAGUGAUGACCGAAAUGGGCGAACCUUACAAGAACAUGGAGCUUGCUUCCUUUAUGUCUGCAUCUAAAGGCUACAUGGGCGAAUGUGGAUUACGUGGUGGUUAUGCUGAAAUAAUAAAUCUUGAUCCAGAUGUUAAAAAGAUGCUUCUAAAAUGUGUGUCUGCACGACUGUGCUCCAGUGUUUUAGGACAAGCGACAAUGGAUUGUGUAGUAAAUCCUCCACAGAAGGGAGAACCAUCUUAUGAUAUUUUCAUCAAAGAAAAAACUGCAGUUUUGCAAUCUUUGAAGGAGCGUGCCUUGUUGGUUGAGAAAACUUUCAACAGCAUGAGGGGGAUAAAAUGUAAUGUAGUGGCAGGAGCAAUGUAUGCUUUCCCACGAUUGACAUUACCUGAAAAAGCCAUUGAGAAAGCUAAGUCUCUCGGACAAGCUCCUGAUUUCUUCUAUGCUAUGCAGUUAUUGGAAAAUACUGGAAUCUGUGUUGUACCAGGAAGUGGAUUUGGGCAAAUACCUGGAACAUUUCACUUCAGGACAACUAUUCUUCCUCAACCAGAGAAAUUGAAGAUCAUGUUACAAAAAUUAGAAGAAUAUCACAACAAAUUCUUGGAAGAAUAUAAAUAGGUUUUUGCUUCUGCAGUUUCUAUAAGCUGAAGCAUUGCAUUCUUAGGAAAGCAUGUGUGUUAGAUGUUUGAAAAUGUCACGACACAGCAAUCUCAGGAUGUGUGUGUGUAGUAUUUACAGUCUUCAUGUAUAUUGUUAGUGAAGUGGAUGCUAUAUUAACUGAGUGAUAUAGUUGUUACUUUUUGAAAAUGCAUGUUGAUGUUUUCUAAAUAUAAAUUAUGUUAUUAAAGAUUGAAAAUUUAUAAAUUCAGUGGAUAUGCAAAGGCUUAAUUUCUUAAAAUGAUCUCAUUUUCAAUUAUAUUUUGGAAACUAUAUCAUGAAUAUUUUAUCUUUAGCAAUUUGGAAUGUAUUAUAAUUUCAGUUACUAAACUAUAUCUUAAGACUUGUUAUAGAUGUUAAUUUAAAAAUUAAUUUACAUUGUUCAAAGGUAAUCUCAGUAGAAAAACUAGGAUAAAUUUUAUUAAUUGUAUAUUUGUUGUAGUAAAUGUGUAGUAGAUUGUUUUUAAAGUGUCCAAUAUUUAUUGAAUUUUGUAGUGUUUAGAAUCGAUUAUUUGUAAUUGAACUGUAAUGUCUUAAUCAUAUUUUUAGGUAUUUCUAAAAUUUUAAAUUGACUUUACUUUGUAAUGCUCAUAUUGCACCAUUCCAUUUUUUAUUGUUAUGUAGAUAUUAAAAUUUUGAAUGUUAUGUAUUAAAAAUCAGUUUUAUCAGUAUUUUUUAUGUUCUUAUGCUGAUGUUAGGAAUUUAAGAUGACCUUUGACAUUAGACUUCUGUUACUGCACAUUUCUUCAAUUUAUUUCAUGUAUUAUUUAUAAAUAAAAAUAUGAUUUGGAGUACAAACUAAAUUUAAUAUUUUUAGUAUUUUUAUUUUCAAUUUAUUUAUUUGCACAAUUAAUAGUACAAAAUUAGACCAUUAGAAAACAUGCAACAUAUAUCUUUUUUUAAAAUUUUAUUAAUAAUUUGCCUAUCAUUUUUAAAUGCCAAUAUGUUUAAAUUUGUGAUACUGUAUACAUUUUGAAUUUUCGUGUUGUAUUUAUAUGUAUUGUAUAUUGAAAUCAUCAUCCAAAUGUUGCUUCCUUUUUAUAGAUUCAUUCAUAAAUAUAUAUAUAUUACUGUUGGUGUUUCGAAAUGUGUAUUUUUUUUCAGUUAUUUUUAUAGCAUUUAUUUUUAAUCUCUCUAAUAUUGAUAUUGUGUGUGAAAAUAUAUUACAGAUCUGAUUACGAGAUUGGAAAUAAAAAAUAAAUUCAGUUGUUAUCUAA